AUGGAUUGUUAUUCACCCACCAAGCUAAUCCGAACCAAAUCCCUCUCCUUCCACCCUUCUGCAACCACCUUCAACCCGCUCCCCUUCCGGGACCUAACCCUUCCCGCCUACUCGCUCAUCUCCUCCCCGCACUCCCCCUCGCGCUCCCCACCGCGCUCCCCGUCGCGCGGCGUUUCCCCGGGUUCCGCGGAACCCAUGUCCGCGGACGCCUUCUCCGCCGCGCCGUUCGGCUCCCCGUACCACUCUUCCGCCUCUGUCAGCGCAACCUUCCCCGCGAGCUCCCCCGCGUCCCCGUUCCCCGCGCCGUCGUGCGCGUCCGCGUGCUUCUUCCCCGCGGCGGGGGCUCCUCCUCCCCCACGGCCUCCGCUUCCCGCUCCGCUUCCGCCUACGCUUCCGCUUCCGCCGCCGCGGCAGGUGGACUGCCGGCGCAUGAACCCGCCCCUAGGGCGGCUGAUUUCGCGCCUGUGCGGGUUCCAGUCGGGGAUAAUGCAGCGCCGCCAGCACGUGUUCGUGAUGCACCACGGGGAGCGCGCGGACGCCGCCGACCCCCUGUGGGCGCGGAGAGAGGGCGCGGAGCGCGCGUGGGACCCGCCGCUGUCGGAAUGGGGGAAAUACCAGGCCUAUGAGGUGGGCAUGAGGCUAAGGCAGGAGGGGUGGGGAGUCACGCGCAUAGUGUGUGCGCCGUACCUGCGCUGCGUGGAGACAGCCCUUGAACUGCUGCUCGCCCUCACUGACGCACAACCCCUUCCACCUUCCUCCUCCUCUGCUCCCACCGCUGCUGCUCCUGCUGGUGCUCCCGCCGCUGCUGCCUCUGCUGCUGAUUUAGCUGGUGCUGCUGGUGGUAGCAAUGGUGGCAGCUUUGGCGCCAGCAGCAGCAGCCGAAUCAGCAGCAUGGUACCGGGGGGGAGUAGCUUCCUCUCCUCCUUCUUCUCCUCGCGCUUCCGGCGCAGCAAUCUGGGUGGUCGCCAGGCCGCCACUGCUGUCACCACUGGUGGUGGUGGUGGUGCAUCUGCUGGUGGUGGUGUUGCUGGUGGUGUUGCCAGUGCUGGCAGCGGUGCUGGAGUGUCCAGGUCUGCAUCUGCACGCCAGCAGCACCUCAUGCGACGAAGACAGCCGAGCCUGGCGCUUCCUCCGGACCGCAAGCGCAAGUUCGGCAUGUGGGACGGGGCAUGGCAGGGCGCGGGGGGCGUGGGGGGGGAGCUGCGCGUGGCAGUGCAUUACGGGCUGCAUGAGGUGGUGAGGCAAGGGGAGGGAGGUGCAGAGGGUGCGGCAACAGCAGCUGCAGCAGCAGCGGCAGCACCAGCAGCAGCUGCAGCAGCAGUGGAGCUUUUUGCACACAGCAGUCCUGCUGCCUCGCUGGCACCUCGCGAUUGGCUGGAAGGCAUGUUUCCGCCAGGCUCAGUGGACAGGAUCUUGCCAGUUGUCACUGGAUCAGCAGCUGCUGCUGCUGACGUGGCACUGCCAGGCUGGCCUGAGGAUGUGGAGGAGGCAGCAUUGCGGCUGCUGCGGUCAAUUGACCACGUGGCAGAGCAGGUGGGCAGAGGGAGGGGACAGGUGGGCAAAAAGUAA